AUGGACAAAUUUAUAAUUAAAAAAGUUUCAACUACGGUUAACACGAGCACUGAUGGCUCCACUAAUUUGUCGUUACCGUCUUCAUCAACAAUUAAUGACAAAACAGUAAAGCGUCGUAAGUAUAAUGACAACUAUUUAAAUUUCGGAUUUACGUUUACUGGUGAUGAUAAUAAUCAAAUACCUCAGUGUAUUGUAUGUGGCGUAACUUUAUCAAACGAGUCUAUGGUACCAAAAAAAUUAAAAAGACAUUUAGAGCAAAAUCAUAGUCAUAUUAGUAAAAAAAGUUCUGACUAUUUUACGCGUUUAUUGUCAUCACAAAAAAAAAAUUCAACGUUCAUGGAAAAACGUUUAAAAAUAUCUGAUAAAUCUCUUUUAUGUUCUUUUAAAAUUUCUGAGUUAAUUGCAAAGAAAAAAAAGCCACAUACCAUCGGAGAAGAAUUGAUUUUACCAGCUUGUAAAGAAAUUGUUGAUGUAAUGUUUGGUAAAGAAGCAGCUGAACAAAUUUCAAACAUACCACUGUCAAAUGAUACUGUUCGUCGAAGAAUAAUAACAAUGUCGGAGGAUAUUGUAAAAAAUGUAAAUGAGAUAUUACAAAAAGAUACAGAAUUCGCAUUACAACUUGAUGAAAGUACCGAUGUUUCUGGUAAAUCUCAAUUAAUUUCUUUCAUACGAUUUGUCAAUGGAAAAAAAAUAAUUGAACAAUUUUUAUUUUGCCGUGAAUUGCAAACUACAACAACUGGAGUCGAUAUUUUCAAUGCUGUUAAUAAUUAUUUCGAAGAAAAUAAUAUGGUAUGGUUGAACUGCAUUUCAAUUUGCACAGAUGGUGCAGCGGCGAUGACUGGCCGAUUUAAAGGAUUUCUAACUCUCGCGAAAAAUAAAAAACCUAAUUUAAUAACAAUUCACUGUUUUUUACACCGUGAAGCUCUUAUG